UUGCCGACACUCCCACUUUGCGUCUUUGUGAGUCUGUUAGAUAAGAUAAUCGCGCGUUCUGAAGGUUACCUCCAGUUUCCAGAGGGAUUUUCCUCCAUCUACUGACUGGUGGUGUGAUGGCUCAGUGACUUGGGUGUUACGUAACUUGCACUACUGACAAUGUAAAUGGCCCUUUGUUUGUUUGCGGGAGAGUUUUUUCUGGAAUCAUUAUCGGGAGGUCCUCCAGAGGCGUCAGCUCGUCAAAUUUUAGCCACAAUGCACGCUUUUCAAACCUAAAUUCUGGCAUCCGCAGCUUUUUUGAGCUUGACUUUGAGUUUUUCAGGCCUUAUUGCGCCACUCUGUAAACAGCGGUGUCCAAAACUCACUAGUUCCACACAUUCACAAUCAUUGAACGUUUUCAUUUACCCUGGUAAACCGCAGAGAGCGACAAGGACUUGUGAGUUUCCAUGGAAACCGCUAGGUUCUUCUCGGUCUGGACCGCAUAAAUGCCCCGCUUGUACUAAGCCAGGCGUUUACGAGGGUCAAUCGUUGAAAAUCUACUCAAUUCUAGAAUGAACUGGAGGCGGUGAAGUGAAGACAAUUCGCGAUGAAGUUGACAAUGUUUGCGCUCAACCUUUUGGUGGUUUCGGUGGUGAGUGGUGGGCCUGCUUGGAAGGAGGUGCAACGGGGCGGCGGGCUGAAAAUCGGCGAAAAAGGAGGUCGCAACGCGUCCUCCUUGCGAGGCAACGGCAUUAAAAUAGGGAGCGGGGGCCGCGGAUUGAGGUCCACGACCACCACAACCACCAGUGUUCCGGAGGAGGAGUUCAUCCAUCCCCCAACUUCUCCAUCGGACCGCAAUGGCGGCAUCAAACACUUGAAUAUCGGGAUAGUGUUGCCGUACAAGUCGUUCGGGGUGCGCGACUACACUAAAGCGAUCACCACCACCAAGAGUCUGAUUGCUCGCAAGCUGAAACUAUUCAAAUCGCAUGAUAUUCAAGUGCACAUUGUGAUGAAGGCUCUCACUCCCAGUCCAACCGCCAUUCUGAAAGCUCUGUGCAAGGAGUUUCUGAACUUCAACGUUUCGGCGAUUCUGUACCUGAUGAACUACGAGCAGUACGGCCCGAGCACUGCAUCGGCCCAGUACUUCCUGCAGUUGGCCGGAUAUUUGGGCAUUCCGGUGAUCGCCUGGAAUGCCGAUAACUCCGGCCUGGAGCGUCGCGCCUCGCAGUCGUCGCUCCAGCUUCAGCUGGCUCCAUCUCUGGAACAUCAGACGGCCGCCAUGCUCAGCAUUCUGGAACGAUACAAAUGGCAUCAGUUUUCGGUGGUGACCAGCUUGAUAGCAGGUCACGACGACUUCAUCCAGGCGGUCAGGGAGCGGGUGUCUGCUAUGCAGGAUCGCUUCAAGUUUACCAUCCUCAAUGCCGUGCUGGUGGCGCAUCGAGGCGAUUUGGCCGCCUUGGUGGACUCCGAGGCCCGCGUGAUGCUUCUCUACUGCACCAAACAGGAGGCUGUGGACAUCUUGACGGCCGCCAGUGACCUGCACUUAACCGGGGAAAACUACGUGUGGGUGGUCACCCAAAGUGUGAUCGAGACGGCCGAUCAAGCCCCCAAUCAGUUCCCGGUCGGCAUGCUUGGUGUUCACUUUGACACGUCCAGUCAGAGCCUGGUCAAUGAGAUAACGGCCGCCAUUAAGGUAUACGCUUAUGGGGUGGAGGAUUUUCUGGGCGAUCCAGCCAAUUGGAACCGUUCGCUCACCACUCACUUGUCGUGUGAUGGUGAGGGAGUGGUGCGCUGGGACACCGGCGACAGAUUCUUCACGUAUUUGCGCAACGUGAGCGUGGAGGCAGAACAGGGGCGGCCCAACCUGGAAUUCACCCCCGACGGUUUGCUGAAGGCGGCCGAACUGAAGAUUAUGAACCUGAGGCCGGGCGUCAGCAAGCAACUGGUAUGGGAAGAGAUUGGCGUGUGGAAGUCGUGGCAAAACGAGGGCCUCGACAUCAAAGACAUCGUGUGGCCAGGAAACAGUCACACGCCGCCUCAAGGCGUACCGGAGAAGUUCCAUUUGAAGAUCACUUUUUUGGAGGAACCGCCCUACAUCAAGCUGGCUCCGCCUGAUCCAGUGAUCGGCAAGUGUUCAAUGGACAGGGGCGUACUUUGCCGAGUGGCCAGCGACGAAGCCAUCACUGAAGUGGAUAUGGCGCAAGCGCACCGCAACGGCAGCUACUACCAAUGCUGUUCCGGUUUCUGUGUGGAUUUGCUUCAGAAGUUCUCCGAAGAGUUGGGCUUCACCUACGAACUGGUGCGAGUGGAGGAUGGCAAGUGGGGCACCAAUCAGAACGGGAGAUGGAACGGGCUGAUUGCGGACCUGGUGAACCGCAAGACCGACAUGGUGUUGACGUCGCUUACCAUCAACGCGGAACGGGAAGCAGUGGUCGAUUUCAGUGUGCCAUUUAUGGAGACCGGAAUAGCCAUUGUGGUGGCGAAACGCACCGGAAUCAUAUCGCCUACCGCUUUUCUGGAACCGUUCGAUGCCGCCUCCUGGAUGCUGGUGGGUUUGGUGGCGAUCCAUGCGGCCACUUUCACCAUCUUCCUCUUCGAGUGGUUGUCGCCCAGCGGCUUCAACAUGAAGCUGGCCUUUAACAAUGCAUCGAUGAUAUUAGGUUAUCGCGUCCCUACUCGCAUAAGCCUUCAAUCAAGUUUGGCACGAUUCCAUUCUCGCAUACCGACUCGACUUUGGCCAAAUACUUCAAAGAUAUGCACGCUUAUAUGAAACAGUUCAACAAGACAACCGUGUUGAAUGGCGUGGCCACUAUCCUGUCGGGCGAAAUGGACGCCUUUAUCUACGAUGGCACCGUUUUGGAGUAUCUCACAUCGCAAGACGAAGAUUGCCGCUUAUUGACGGUGGGUUCCUGGCACGCCAUGACUGGAUACGGCUUGGCCUUUCCCCGCAACUCCAAAUACCUGAAGAUGUUCAAUAAGCGGCUGUUGGAUUUUCGGGAAAACGGCGACCUGGAGCGCUUGCGCCGCUACUGGAUGACCGGAGUGUGUAAACCUGGAAAGCAGGAGCAUAAAAGUUCCGAUCCACUGGCUCUGGAACAGUUCUUAUCCGCGUUCCUGCUGCUGAUGUCGGGCAUUUUAUUGGCCGCCCUUCUUCUGCUGUUGGAGCACUUGUACUUCAAGUAUAUCCGGAAGCAUUUGGCGAAAACGGACCGCGGCGGAUGCUGCGCGUUGAUCAGCCUCUCGAUGGGCAAAAGUUUGACCUUUAGAGGGGCAGUGUUUGAAGCGCAAGAUAUCCUGCGGAAUCAUCGAUGUCGCGAUCCGAUUUGCGACACGCAUUUGUGGAAGGUGAAGCGCGAGCUCGAUGUGGCGCAGCUGCGGAUCAAGCAGCUGGAAAAGGAAAUGGAAGUGCAUGGCAUCAAGCCGCCGCCCCGCAAACGGCGUCGUCGUAACGCCAGUUGCAUCACGUCCUGUCUCAGUUCGUCCAAGUCACCAGAUAUUGUUGUGUCCGGGGAGCAGGCCAAGGCCCGAAUGCGCAGCCUGGAGCCUGCAGAUAGUGGAAGUUGUUCCGACAUCAACGGCCCAUCACCAACCGAAAUCGCCGAAAUGGAAACAGUGCUGUGAUGUCCGCCCGAAUGCGAAGAAAUGGAGGAAAUUAUCUAUAUUUUGAACACCAAGGAACAGUUUCAGAAUUUAAACACCAAAUACUUAACCAUUUAGUUUAAGGGGUUUGCAAUCUGGGGCUAAGGCUUUGGGCGCAUUUUGGCAAGAGCCUCGGAUUGGCGGACCCCCAUACGAGCGUCGUACAAUUCAGAUGAUUAUUACGCAUCCUUUGAUUGCUCAAGGGUUAAGG